GUGUGCAAGUGCUGGAGAGCCCAAUUAGAAGGAUAUUUUGUGGUGCUAGAAAGCCACCUGUUGCAUCUCGAGGAUAUAUGUGAGCAGUGUGAAUUAGAGAGAUACAAGCACAUUCAGUCCCAGCAACUGGAAAAUUACAAGAAAAAUAAAAGGAAGGAACUAGAGACCUUCAAAGCUGAACUGGAUGCCCAGCACACCCAGAAGGCGCUGGACAUGGAACACACCCAGCAGAUAAAGCUUAAAGAACGCCAGAAAUUUUUUGAAGAAGCCUUCCAGCAAGACAUGGAACAUUACCUCUCCACGGGUUACCUGCAGAUAGCAGAGAGACGAGAGCCCAUCGGCAGCAUGUCAUCCAUGGAGGUGAACGUGGAUAUGCUGGAACAGUUGGACCUGAUGGACAUGUCGGACCAAGAGGCGCUGGAUGUCUUCUUGAACUUGGGAGGCGAAGACAACCCCGCAUCCUCCCUGGGGUUAGGGCUUGAAUCCAAAAUAUGCCAGCAUGAGCUAAACCUCCAGGUCCCAAACCUGGAACAACCGAGAACCAAACCAUCCUGGUCGUCCUCUACCUGCACCAACUCUGCCAGUCAGGAUGUUAGCGAAGGAGGAGAGUCCCCAGUGGUCCAGUCUGACGAGGAGGAGGUUCAGGUGGACACUGCCCUGGCCACUCUCACUACCGACCCAACGGCCAGCCCAGAUGGCAGCAAGGAAAGUGACUCUCAGACUGCCUGAAUCCUGGCCGGGGUCCCAAACCGCUCCGGCCGCUCAGCCGGGGUCUGGCUGGACUAGUGGACUUUUGAGAAAAUUGCCAACAGCUGAAUACGUCCUCCAAGCACCCACGAUUUUCUCCAACAAUAAGAUCCAAGGGGUUUGAGCACCUUCAGAUUAUACUGAAGAAAAUUCUCACAGGGGGUGAAUCCAGGAUUUUGUUUCCACAGUGUUCCCUGCAGGAGGCUGGAGACUUCCCCGCCUCAACCCUGCAGGGUUUUGCUUUUUUUCUUAAAAGAAGACAGUCUCCGGGGUGAUGCGAAGAGACAAAGCCAACAGAGGGGCAGCGGCACGGUGGGCCCAACACAACGUCUACUCAACCCACGGGUCGGCCACCGCCUCAGGGAUGGAGGGAGCUCAGCUUCUGAAUACGACAUUGCUCCCAUACCUCAGGCCCUUUGUCCCUCAAGCUCAAAAUCCAGCCAUCUCUCACUCACCUUCCUUCCAUUUCCACCUAUGCCGUGCCCAGUGUGGCGACGCCGAUGCCGGUGGCCCACCAGAAACCCAAGACCGACUCUGAGCCCCGAACCCGGAGGAAGGCUAAGCCUCACGGAACCCAACAGGAAACUGGCAUCACCGAAAGUGACUAAUCCCCGCUCCUCGUCCACGCUGCCUGUGGUCUGUAAAAUUGAAGCCGAUGUCUAAGGUAAUUAUCUCCUUCCCCCACAGCCAACUGUGGACUCGGGAAGUGGGGGCCGGGGGCAUGUGGGAAGUUGGGGGCCGCCCCAACUCACCUCUGGCAUAAAGUGGCAUCCAAGAGUUGCGACCUGGGUUUGCCUCAGCUUGCAUUCUUCUCGCUAAAGAUUGGGUGGGGUUAGAAAGGGGUAAGGGGAAACUGAGGAGGGGCGGGCACAGUCACCCAACCCCAUGGGCAUGAGGACCCCCCGACCCUUCCCAUCUUACUUUGGGUUGGGUUUCAGAAACCGCUUCCAUCCAAGCACUCAUCUUCCAUGAGACAGACAAAUGUCCAAAAAACUUUUGUUUUUUAUUAAACCUUGUAGUACAAACCUGAAAAGUAAACAAAAACUGGCAAUAAACAACAUGAAGUCUUUCCUUACAAGGAAAGAGAGCAGAGCAGCGCUAAUAAAUUAAAUGUCAAACUGUAAGCCAUAGUCAGAAGUUUACUGUCCAAAAGAGGGGAAAAAGUACACAGCAAGGACAUAAAAAUUGGACAACCACAUUGGAAAACACUCGACUCUGUUUAUGUUCUUGUUAAAUAUUCCAAAACAGUUCAGUCUUCUGCAACAACAACCAACAGAUUGUAUUCUAGGACUUUCCUGACAGUCUUCUCCUGGCAAGCUCAGUGCAAUAUGGGUAGCUACGGUAUUGUGCGAUUCAAUUAUGAAACAAAGAACAGUUUGUGAAAACAUUUUUCCCUUUUUUAUUCCACACAUACUGUACACACAACCGGAAAUGGGAACCGCUACUCCAUUAUUAUUUUUUUGUUGUUCAGUGAUGUAAGCAGCACUUAUAAAUGUUACAAGAAAAACCCUGUAAGCAUCCAAACCAACCGAUGAAGAAACUGAAAUGUAAGGCUUUUCUUCAUCUUGUCUCUUCACCCCACUCACCCCAUCCCACCCACACCCCCACCAAGAAAAAA